CCCUCCCGGCUUCCCUCCCGGCCCGCUCGGCUCUGCCGGGCCGCGAGCCUCCGCCGGUCAGCAGCAGUCCCCGGGCGGGGGACGCUCCUGAAAUGUCGCAGACUGCCAUGUCCGAGACCUACGAUUUCCUGUUUAAGUUCUUGGUCAUAGGAAAUGCUGGAACUGGAAAAUCCUGUUUACUACACCAGUUUAUUGAAAAGAAAUUCAAAGAUGACUCAAAUCAUACUAUAGGAGUGGAAUUUGGUUCAAAGAUCAUAAAUGUUGGUGGAAAGUAUGUAAAAUUGCAGAUAUGGGAUACAGCAGGACAAGAGAGAUUCAGGUCUGUAACAAGGAGUUACUAUAGAGGAGCUGCAGGUGCUUUGCUUGUCUAUGAUAUAACCAGCCGGGAAACCUACAAUGCGCUUACUAAUUGGUUGACAGAUGCAAGAAUGUUAGCAAGUCAAAAUAUUGUGAUAAUACUCUGUGGAAACAAAAAGGAUCUUGAUGCAGAUCGUGAAGUUACUUUUUUAGAAGCAUCCCGGUUUGCACAAGAAAAUGAGCUGAUGUUCUUGGAAACAAGUGCACUAACGGGGGAAAAUGUUGAAGAGGCCUUUGUACAGUGUGCAAGAAAAAUACUCAAUAAAAUUGAAUCAGGAGAAUUGGAUCCAGAAAGAAUGGGCUCAGGUAUUCAGUAUGGAGAUGCUGCCUUGAGACAGCUGAGAUCACCACGUAGAGCACAAGCAGAAAGUGCUCAAGAAUGUGGGUGUUAAAGAAACAAAACACAAAAUCCCAAAUACUUACUUUAGAUACAGAAGCUGUCCUUGCAAAUGGUGUUUGAAGAAACAGAAAAGCUUGAAGGCUAUGCAGUUUUUAAAAACAUCUUUCCACUAGCUACAAACAGAGCAGACCACUGCUGAGAGAAAGGUGUACCAUGUGGUGUGGGGCAGGAAUGUUCACAUGACACGAAAGUCUGCAAAGUGAACUUGAUAAUUUGGUGGACAAUAUUAAGACUCAUACCUGUAUGUAAACAUUUUCCAUUACCUAUUUUUGUUCUUUCACCUCUAGUUUAAAGCAUUGCUAUAUACUGUAAAUAAUGUAACAGUAAAUUUACAAAGCAUGGUAUACUUAUGUAUGCUGAUAGAAUGUUGCACUACAAGCAGUUUAAUAUUUUAUUUUUUUAUCAUAUAAACAAAUCUAACUGAGGUAGGCUUUGUCAUGUUUGUUUGUUGCACAAUAGUUUAUAUUUAUGACCUGGAUUAUAAAACCACUGGCACUGUCAGUGAAGGGUGGUUGUUUUAUUUUUUCCUACUUAGUUUGCCACAUACUAACAAGCUGUUGACAUAACUGAUUCUCAACAUAUGUUUAGGACCCAUACUUAUGUUUACGAGUAUGUCAAGUUGGAAGAGUAAUUUUUAUUGAUGUUCACAUAUCCUGUUUUAUCACAGUUCUUAACUUCUGAAGCUCUUUUAUCAAAUUUCAGAAGUUUAGAAAAAAUACUUUUUAAGUCUCUCAAAUGGCUGUUGACUGACUUGGAUUUU